AUGAAGACGAGAUCUGAUGCUGUACUCGUGGAGCUAUGGACGGGACCGAUGUUCGUCAGAAAAUCGUGGCUAACCGUUUGUAGAGAUACGUAUCUCUGGUCUACCUUCGAUCUGGAGCCAUGGUUCGAGUCAUAUCCCGAGUCGACUCGUUUGUGGUCCCCUGAUUUCGAGCUGAAAAUAGACUCAAUGCUCCGAUCAGUCGUUGACUGGAGCCACGGAGGCCUCACCGAGAUCCGCGUCCGCCAUUGCAGCGACCUCGCGCUCUCUUACACAGCCGAUAGAUGGUCAAAUCUUCAGGUUCUCGCCGUUAGAAGCAGUCCUAACCUAUUCACUUUCUCAUCGUCUCCUUCAAUGGCUUCCGAAGACACUCUCUCCUCGAACCCUCUGUUGCAGAAUUUUGAGUUUCCUCCGUUUGACACAGUUGAUGCUCACCAUGUCGGACCCGGGAUUCGUGCUCUUUUGCAGCAGCUCGAAGCUGAAUUGGAGCAGCUAGAAAAAUCCGUGGAGCCUUCAUGGCCAAAACUAGUGGUGCCAUUUGAUGGAGCCUGUGCGAGGUUAUUGUUUGGUGGAGAAUAG